GCGGCGGUAACGGUGCGGGCAGGGCGGUCUCUCCCUUCUCCUCAGUCACGGCUCCGGCUCGGCCUCCCCGCCCCGCCAUGUCCGCCCCCGGCAGCAGCGGCGGCGAGUUCGGGAACCCGCUGAGGAAGUUUAAGCUCGUUUUUCUGGGCGAGCAGAGCGUUGGGAAGACCUCUCUGAUCACCAGGUUUAUGUAUGACAGUUUUGACAAUACUUACCAGGCGACCAUUGGAAUUGAUUUCCUGUCAAAAACAAUGUAUCUUGAAGACCGCACGAUCAGGCUGCAGCUGUGGGACACAGCCGGCCAGGAGAGGUUCCGCAGCCUCAUUCCCAGCUACAUCCGUGACUCUGCUGUGGCUGUCAUUGUCUUUGACGUUACAACAGGUUCGGCUGCAGCUUUGGGACACAGCAGGCCAGGAGCGGUUCCGCAGCCUCAUUCCCAGCUACAUCCGCGACUCCACUAUUGCUGUGGUAGUCUAUGACAUUACAAACUUGAAUUCUUUCCAGCAAACCUCCAAGUGGAUCGAUGACGUCCGGACAGAGAGAGGAAGCGACGUCAUCAUCAUGUUGGUGGGGAACAAAACUGACCUGGCAGACAAGAGGCAAAUCACUACAGAAGAAGGUGAACAGAGAGCCAAAGAGCUGAAUGUGAUGUUUAUUGAGACCAGUGCAAAGACUGGAUACAAUGUGAAACAGCUUUUCCGUCGUGUGGCUGCUGCCUUACCUGGGAUGGACAGCACACCAGAGAAGAGCAAAGAAGACAUGAUUGACAUCAAACUAGAGAAACCUCCCGAGCAGCCAGUCACGGAGAGCGGGUGCUCCUGCUAACAGGCCCAUUCUGUAGCAGCACAUUCCCCGACCGGCCAGUCUCACUGAAGAACAUCACCGCUCAUUGGCUAGGCAACCCUACUUUGUGGGCUGAAAAACCAAUCUACUAAGCGAGCGAACUCCCUGUUUACUGGUGGGGAGCAGCCCCGGCCGCCCCUCUUACUGCAUGGUAUGAGCCCUGAGUGCAGAAUGAGUGUCCUGUCUUUUAUUUUUUUUUUUUAUGUUGUUGCACUUUGGCACUCUGGUGCCCUUUACACACUCUCUCUCUCUUCCUCUCCUUCUCCCCCUCUUCCCCACCUUGAGCCUGUCUGCUCAGAUGUAUCUUGUGAAUGCAAUGGAAAAGCCACCAAGUUAGGGAAGACAAAAAUAAAGCUUGGGGGUGGGCUUUCCACCUUCCUUACUGCCUUGCAUCUUAACUAGUUCCCUGUCCACUCCAGCCCUGUCUUCGUCCUGCAUCCCCACUUCCUCUGUUGAAAGGCUGCUCCUUUUAAACCAGUCAGUUUGACUCGGCCUUGCCUUUUUGGACAAUACAGGUUAUCUGUUUCUAGGCUUUUGCUUCCCGCAGGGCACACACAAUAUUAGCUCCUCAGUUUCUCCUUUCUGUGGAUGAUCUUGGCUAACUCUUGCUCAUGACUUCCAAGUUUUGCCCCUCGUGUUACAGCACCAGAAACCCCCGAACUGAUAGCUUUGGCCUUGUUGCUUCCGUUCAUGUAGGAGAGACAUCCCACAGACUGCUUUCCUCUGUUGGAAUAUCUUCCCUUCCAGAGGACGCUGGUGCUCGGUGCAUGUUGGCUGUCAGGUGUAGGGAAGGAGGAGGGUGCAGAGGCUUUGCAGCAUGAGGCUGGCUGGGGAGAUAUCCUCAGGUUGGUCUGUAGAGACCUGGCUCCUCUCUGUCAACAGCAAGAGCAAGCAGUUACCCGAAAUCCAUCGCUAUGGGGGCAAUACCUGCCCUGGGAGUCACGGAUGCUGCUCAGGCUCCUUUCCUAGUCUCUGUUCUGUUCGUCGUCGCAUAGACAGGGAGCUGCUUCACGUGGAGCAGGGCAGCUGCAGCAGGUGGAAGGCCAGCAAUAGUUCUGCUCUCGUACCUAGGUUGCUGCUUGAAGUCCCACAUAGCUGCUCCUGCCGUUGUAGUAGACUGGUGGGGUUUGGGGCUAAUGACCCUUUCUCUUCUGGAAUAGUGUUAAGCUGUAACAUUGCCAAAGCUGAGGUGAGCAGUGGCAGGGAUUUCUUGUCAGACCUGGGUGGAGGAAUGUAUGCUGCUGAAGUGGAUUUCGGUGUUGCUCUGACCUCGGAGGUCAGGAAAUACCUCCUCUUCCCCUGCCCUUGGUUUCUAAUUAUGUUAAUAGGCUUUUCAGAGACUCUUGGUGGGUUUUUUUUCAUCCAUCCUAAGAAGUCUGUAGGUUUGUUGGCAGCGAGGAGAGCACAACAGUCGGAUGGCUCUAAGCUGUUCCCUCUUCAUCACCUGGCCUAUGUCAUGCUGACGGGGGGGACGUUAGCGGGCAGGAGAGCGACUGACCGUGGUGUGACAGGCGGGGACAACAGCCUUUGGUUGGUGACGCUCCCCUCGCAGGGUGCCCGGCGCUCACUGGCACAGCAUGCGCACUGGGAAGCCUGCAGCCGUCGAGGGAGGGGAAGGGGCAGCCCCGAACCAGGAGCUGGCCAUCCCCGCGUUGGCUUACUGGUGGCAUGUCACCUCGCUGCCGCUGACCGACCCUUUGCUCCCCAGAGCCCUGUCCCUUCCCCUCCGGGUGAGCUGGCCUGCAGGAGGAAGCUGGGAUGUGUUUCUUUUUUUUCCUAUUUCACUCUGGAGUGUGUCCCCCUUACCCACAGCCCCCAGCUGACGUAGCCGGGUCUCAGCACCGGUGGGAAGCUCAGCCCCCUCCUCUGUACAUACCCCCGUUGUGUGGGAAUUGCUGAUGUUUGUCGGUGUGUCCGUGUCUGCCGUAGAACAGGUUUUGCUGUCCCCUUCUCACAGGCAGGUGUGCGCUGCUCUGCUGUCGUGUUGUUCUGAGUCACGGACCCGGGGGGAGGGAGGGGGGAGACCCUAAGUAACGGGGGGGUAACUAGUGAAAUAUAUAGUUCACUUCCCGCCUGUCUUCUCUGUGGAUGUGUAUAAUAUUGAGUGUGUGUCUGGCCCUGCUGUCUCCUAGCUGUUAGCCGAGUAAGUGUGACUAUUAAUAUGAGUAUGGACUGUCUGACCACAGCCGUGUAUCACACUAAAUAAAGUUAUUUCACCAACA